CUCUCCGCCCUCUCCGCUCCCAUCGGCCGCACUCCGGACCGGGCACCGGGCAUGGGGCGAGCUGAGAGGGGAUAUUCUGGGUAACUGCACCCCGCUGGGGGGCUCAGACACACCCGAUCCGGGCCACUAGACAGACACUGUACACGGCUAUCACAUUAACAUCCAGAAAACAGGCUACACAACCCCCCCAGCACACAGACUAAAAACCUAUAGAAAAACUACAGCAUUGAGAGCCCCCAUCUCACCCUAUAGAAAGCCCACACACUGCACAUUAUACCCCUCACCCUUUAUAUUCUUUAUAGCCCAAAACUCAGUCUACACAGCCUGCAUAUCACCCUGUACACGCUAUAUGUACUUUAAUACUAAAAUAAAUCAUAAAUUACUAAUAGUAAUUAACAGUAAUUUCCUCCCUUUUUUUUAAACCACAUUUCACAUUGCUGAUCAUCACUCAUAUACCUUAGAAUAUUUAGAAUCCUUACACUCACAUGACCUUAACUCCAUAAACAAUCAAUAUACCUCCAGAUUCCACGCUUUAUAGCUCAGGAACCCCCAGAGAAUUUACACAACCUAAAACUAACAGAGUAUAAUUAGCACAUUUUAGACCUCAUCCCUACCAUUCACACUGUCAUUACAACUAACCUCAUAGAUAUUAAACACUAGUCAUCCUAAAUUAUCACUUCCCUGCCAUAGUAUAUUUUUAUAACCAUUAUUUACAUUAAUCCUUGUGCCAUCCACUACUUUGCCAUUCCCCAAAACAUCCCUCAGGGCAGCUGUAUUUUAUUUCACCCUGUUUGGUCUUUCAGAACAGGUCUGUCUUGUUCUGUAACCCAGGAAGUCCAUAAGGGGAAGGGCACAGGACCCAACACAUUUCUGACCUCUCUUGCAACCUUUAUCUUGUAUUCAUUGUCACUUUCAAUCAGCUCUGUAAAGUAGACAUCAAACUUUAGCAGUUUGCUUUUUUUACCAAACCUUUUUUUUUAGUUUCCCAAUCAUUUUCUUUCUAACAUCUUUUCAAACAGUGACUUAAUGCUUCUUUGACUUUUCCUGCAAUCCAUUAUUGAUUGCUCAACUUUUUCUUCCCAGAGGAAUUGUUCACACAAACACUAUUAACAGUUUUUUUUGUUUUUUUUUUAAAGGACCUUCUUUGGGUCAGGAUGACAUAUUAACUUAAUAGAUCUUACAUUUGUCAUAUUCAAUACAUAGGGUUUCCCCCCCCACACUGUUUCUUGGUGUAUAGGAUUUUUUUAUUUUAUUUUUUAUUUUUGUGCUGGUAUGGCCAUGGUGUCUGGGGGCUGGGGAGACCCCAACGGCGACACAAAUGGUAUGGGGAAAGGGUACCCCAGAAAUUCCGAGGAGGAGGAAGCCUCACCUCAGGGUGGAAUGAGUGAUCCUGAGCAGGGGGAUGAAGAACGCCCUGGGAUUCAAGUGGACUGUGUUGUGUGCGGAGAUAAGUCCAGUGGCAAGCAUUAUGGGGUCUUCACCUGUGAGGGCUGCAAAAGUUUCUUUAAAAGAAGUAUCCGAAGGAAUCUCAGUUACACCUGCAGGUUAGUACCAGGUUGGUCUUACAACCAUUUAUGUAUAAAGCAUCAUCUUUUCCAUACCGUUCCAAAGAGUUUUCAUGAUUAACAAGAUAAGUAUAUUAUAUGCAUGUUUAAUAUGCCCGCUUGUUUUUUUAUCAACCAUUUUCCUUUUCAUGUACACUGCUAUGAGCCUUCAAGUUGCAUGCAUAAUCAUAGCGAAUACACACACACACACACAACACCACAUGUAUGUUCAGUCAGUGAUAUAGACUGAUGCAGCACUUUUUUAAAAAUAAAAACAACAAAAAAAGUGUAUAUAUAUAUAUAUAUAAAUAUAUAUAGGCAUCAACAUUGAUAUAUUUUGAAAUUGAUAAGUAUAUUUUAUAUUUUUGCUCCUUUUAGAACCACGUAGCAAAACGCAGUGAUAGACUGGCAGAUGUAGCCAUAGAUUACUAACCAGGUAUGACUGUAUUAAUAUAUAUUGUUAGUACAUGUCAUAGAAUUCUGUGCACUAUAGUAAUCUAAUGCCUUUGACCCAUAUAAACAGAUACAGAUCAAUAUAACCAUUCACAGGAUGUUAUGUUGUCAUUGUGAGAACUCAUGCAAAGUGGAUUGGUAGGAUAUCAGUAAGUGUUAGAAGAGUGUACUUAGCGAUAUAUUGUUACCAACUUAUAGAGCAAUAUGACAUCUUCAGAGCAAUUGAAUACAGGUGGUCCAUACACAAUUUACUAUAUUGGGUUAUAUGCUGCAGAAGGAUGUAAGUGGAAAUGAUUCAAAAGUUGUGUAUGUGGACAAAAUUUUAUUACAUAACUAUCUUGAAAACUGUUUCUGUUGGUGCAACCCUCUUCUUUCCACAACCUAUGGUGUCCUUAUUUUCCAGAUGUUGCAUCACCAGUACAAGGCUUAAAAUGUCAGGUUCUAUGCUAUUAGACCGGCCUAAAUGUUACUCGUCACUGCUAAUCGGUAGGGUCCAUGGCAUACUCACCAUUGGUGAAUUUCCUUUGCCAGGGCAAAAUUUUCACUCACCAAUGGCUAGCGUAUGAGAGAAUACAGAAUAGUACUUUAUAUAAUGUCAUUAAAAAAUUCAUAUAAACCACUAUUGACUGUGACAUUCACUUUCUGUAAUUGAUAGUUGAAGUGUAAAUGCGAGGGGAGGGGAGGGCAGGGGGGCUUCCAAGCAAAAGUACUAUUCGAGCUUUUGAUGAUAACUCGAAGAGCAUCUAAUAAAUAUUCAAUAGUACACAGUCAAGCAAAUAUUGCUAAUUGUAAAAAGAAUAUAGUGGGUCUAGGGGAUAUGAAACCUGGGGUUAAUGUGUACAGAAAGCCUGGAAUGAUGAAAAAUCUCCAAAGCAGUGUUUGUAGAGAGGGGGGAACACAAAUGAGUAAAGGACAUUUUAAAGGGAGACUAUAGCUAUAGGCACCAAAACAACUUUAGUUUUAUGAAGCAGUUUUGGUGUAUAGAUCAUGCAUCUACGUAUGCGUCUCACUGCUCAAUUCUCUGCCAUUUAGCCGUUAAAUCGCUUUGUUUAUGCAGCCCUAGUCACACUUACCUCCAUGUGAUUUGCACAGCCUUCCUAAACACUUCCUGUAAACAGAGAUCUAAUGUUUAAACUUAUUGUAAUUUAUUUUUUUUAUCUUCUUCUGUUUUGUUGAUAUCAUUCUAAACCAUGCAGGAGCCUCCUGUGUGUGAUUACAUUUCAAUUUAUAGAGCAGGAGAUAAAAACUUCUAAAGCAAGUUAACUUGUGAUUGAAAAUCAACCCAUUUGUUUCAUGCAGGCUGUGUCAGUCACAUCCAGGGAUGAACCCUGUAAGUCACUCCGACAGCCACUUAAGGGACUUACUGGACUUCAGUGUCUGCACCUUUUAUACAUUGGUGCCCUUAGCUCCCUCUGCCUCCCCCCUCCCCUCAUUUGUGCCCCUCACCCUUUUUGGUAAAUGAAUGGUUAAAAACCCUUUAUUUACUUACCUGAUUCCAGCGCCAAUGCCUCCUCCUAUGUCACCCAACAAUGGGCGCUAGUGCAUAUGUGCGGCAAAUGCCACGCGCACAUUAGACAUUCUCAUAGGAGGGCAUUGAAACCUCAUGCAAAGCGGGAGGACGUCCGGCGUCAGAUACAAAGGCCUGUUAGGAUGCAGGAAGGGAGACAGCCACUGGAGGCAGACUUAGAGCUGCAAUGUAAACAAUGCAGUUUCUCUUGAGCUGCGAUGUUUAACAUUGCGGCACUAAACGCAAUAGAGACAGUGCACCCAGACCACUUUAAUUAGCUGAAGUGGUCUGGGUGCCUAUCGUGUCCAUUUUAAAUGACUUUUUCAUGCUCAUUUUGAGUACAGUUGGCUUUUUAAAGGGAUGCUAUAAGCAUCAAAACAACUUUAGCUUAAAGGACCACUAGGGUGGUCUUUAGGUCCCACUCCCGCCAGGCUCUAGGGGGAGGAAGGGGUUAAAUUCUUACCUUUCUUCAGUGCCGGGCUCCCUCGGCGAUGGGGACUCUCCUCCCUCUUCCGACGUCAUCCGAUCAGUGCGCAUGCGCAGCAAGAGCCGUGCGCGAAUUCAAUCAGUCCAUAGGAAAGCAUUUCUCAAUGCUUUCCUAUGGGCGGCAGCGUCUUCUCACUGUGAAAAUCACAGUGAGAAGCGCGGAAGCGCCUCUAGCGGCUGUCAAUGAGACAGCCACUAGAGGCUGGAUUAACCCAUAUGUAAACAUAGCAGUUUCUCUGAAACUGCUAUGUUUACAGCUGCAGGGUUAACCCUAGAUGGACCUGGCACCCAGACCACUUCAUUGAGUUGAAGUGGUCUGGGUGCCUAUAGUGGUCCUUUAACCCCUUAAGGACACAUGACAUGUGUGACAUGUCAUGAUUCCCUUUUAUUCCAGAAGUUUGGUCUUUAAGGGGUUAAUGAAGCAGGUUUGAUGCAGUCUCACUGCUCAAUUCUCUGCCAUUUAGGAGUUAAAAUACUUUGUUUCCAUCUAUUACGAUUUAUAUAGCACCAACAAAUUCCGUAGCACAGUACAAUGGAUGGACUAACAAACACGUAAUUGUAACCAGACAAGUUGGAUGCUCAAGAACAGAGGGGUUGAGUGCCCUGCUCAAUAAGCUUACAUGCCAGAGUCUGUUCAGUACUAGGCAGUCCCUGGCUAUAACUGACACAGCCUGCAUGGAAAAAACAAUUCAAUCAUAUGUUAACUGGCUUUAGAAGUUUUUAGCUCAUGCUCUGUAAAUUGAACUUUAAUAACACAGACGAGGCUCCUGCAGGAUCUAUUAACAGAACAGAAGAUAAGAAAUUCUAGAUUAAACAGAUUGUGCAAUACAGGAACCUAAAAUAUACGGGUUAUUUUUCAGGACGUGUUUAGGAAAGCUGUGCAAAGCACAUGCAGGGAGUUGUGACUAGGGCUGUAUAAACAAAGCAAUUUAGUAAGACUGCAGGACAUGAUCUAUACACCAAAACUGCUUAAUUAAGAUAUUUUGGUGCCUAGAGUGUGCCUUUAUUUAUGCUGGACUUUCCUUGGCCUUGUGUAUGUCGUGGUGUCUGUAGAGCGUAUCUAAAAGUGAAAAGUGAUACCAUACACUAUUAACAGUAUGUACGUAUGCUACCAACCAAAUAAAAUGAUCAAACACGGCCCCAUGCAGAGGUAUGACCUCAUUACCGGAGGUAUUGUAUCACCUUAUCACGUGAAGAAGAAAAUAACGAAUAGCUGAUGGCAAGGGAAGCUAAUUUUAAAAGCGCAUUUAUGGCAGAACAUUUUCAAAGUGGUGUAAUCACCAUCAAAACCAAUAGGAUUGUUCCUGCUAAUUAUUCCACUUUUAGAAUUUUGCCCCAGAACUGAAUUCAUAUAUAAUCAGUAACAACUGUCCGAAUUUAUGUUAUUAAAUAUAAUUUUUAAAAUCUAAUUUUAAAGGAACUCAAUGAGAACGGUAUAUGCUGUUAAGUAGUUUGUAGUGUAUAUCGCAAAAAUAUUGUGAUAUGUAAUAAUAUAGCUUGGUCUUAAAAAGUGUUUCAAGAAGCUAAAAAAAUGUUACUCUGAAAGGGUAAUUCCAAGCUCCAUUACCACUUCUGCAUGGAGGAAUGAAUUUGUAUGUGGAGGGUUUCAACUUGAAAUGCUGCACCUAUGGAGAUAUCUGCACUUUUGUGCCGGGGGCUACUUACACCCCAGACACACAUUAUGUAGGCAGCUCAGAAAUCAGUUCUGGGCACCCUAAUGUUAGUUAUGUGCAAAAAUUACGUCUGUCGUCAAGCUCUGCAAGUUGGCAACAUACUUAAUCAGUUUCUACACUUUCAAGCAGUGCUGUGAGCUCUCCUGCAGGUAGAAGCCUGUUCCUCCAUUUAAAGGGAUGCUAUAUUCAUCUGAAUAACUAUAGCUUAAGGUAGUUGUUCUGGUGAGUAUAGUCAGUCCCUGCAGUCCUUUUGUUGUAACCACUGCCUUUUCAGAGAAAAGACAGUGUGUACAUUGCGGCCUAGGACACCUCCACAGUGCACAACGUACAGGAUUGAUAGUCAGUGUCUCUGUGCCCUGCGUGGAGGCGCUGAGCUUGCCCAUAGACAUGCAUUGAGUCAUACAGAUGCAUUGACUCAAUGCAUCUCUAUGGGCAAGCUCAGCGCCUCCACGCAUUUGCCGUGCCAAAACAGAAGUUCUAGGUGGUGAAUUUGGUGCAAAUUUGGUUUCUAAUGCCAGCACUCACUGCAUGCCACGCGUACCCUCCCCUCAGGCCACCCUUCAUGACAUCAGACAUAGAGGAUCAGGCUGCAUGAAGAACUAGGUCCUGACUCUGGAAAAGCAAUCAGCUUUACUUUUUUCAGGGGCGAGGGGGGUCCCUAAAUGUUACUUUAAGCAAGACCAUUGUUUUAUAAAAACACUUGGCUUUUGGUUGGAGUAACCCUUCAGUGUUUUUUAAAUAAAGCAAGGGGUUGACAGUGCUCUAAAAGAACAAAGAAUAAGAAACAAUUAUAAUAAAAAUUAAAAAAUGAGUGUGUGUGUAUAUAUAUAUAUAUAUAUAUAUAUAUAUAUAUAUAUAUAUAUAUAUAUAUAUAUAAGGAAAUAGUCAUAAUGCAUGCAAAACAUGUAUCAGAGGUACAUUGUGGUGCCUACCCAGGAAAACCAUUGUUAUUAUUGAUAUCUAUGUAGAUACAGAAUAUUGCAUCUUUUAUCAGAUUUUUUUAGCAUUGACAAUGCUUAUUUCUGAUUAUUCGGAUAACUACAGUAUGCAUUUUAUCCUUCUUUUAUUGUUUUCUUUAUUUCUAUUCCAUUAAUUGCACCAUCCCUGUCUCAUGGGCUACAGUUGGCUCUGGCAUACACUAGUUGGUGGCAGGAUAAUACUACCACUCAGAAACACAUUGUUCAGCAUCGACAAGUAAUAUAUCGGUGUGGGUUAAAGCUGUUUUUCUGGUUUUAGUUCAUUUAUUCCCUUUAAGGGAUGGAAUUUGUACCUGUUUGGACAUGUUAGCAACAGAACAAAAGGUCAUACUCUGAAACUGGAAGAUAGCUUUAUGAAAAAAAACACAUCACAGCCCUCAUAGCUCCCUAUUUAUUUGACAGCAUUGGGGAUUUAUUCAUGCAGUAGACUCACAGCGGACAAGAUGGCUGCCUAAGGGAACUCCCCAAGCACAUUUUAGUAGCAUACAAAUUGUAUGUAGUCUGUUAAUAUUUCAAUGUUGGUUUUCAAAAAACAAAAUAUCCCUUACUUCUCCCCCUUUACAUUUGAUAUUAUAUUAAAGGGACACUAUAGUCACCAGAACACCUACAGCUUAUUGAAUUUGUUCUGGUGAGUAGAAUCACUACCUUCAGGCUUUUUGCUGUAAUCACGGUCACUGGCCACUUCUCAGGUGGCUGUUAGAGAUCUUUCCUGGGUCAUGGCUGCCUAAAAUGCGUCCAAACAUUCAGUGUCUCCUCUCUCUGUAUGCAGAUACUGAACUUUUCUCAUAGAGAUUCAUUCAUUCAAUUCAUCUCUAUGAGGAGAUGCUGAUUGACCAGGGCUGUGUUUGAAUUGUGCUGGUUCUGCCCAUGAUCUGCCUCUUUGUCAGCCAAUCCUAUGGGGAGGCAUUGUGAUUGGAUCAGGCUACCACUUCUGCUGUCAGCAGGCAGUGGGCAGGUCAAAAGGAAACAGGGACAAAGCCAGCAGCUUCGGGCUUGAAUACAAGUAAGAUUUUACUAUAUGUAGGUAGGCAAGAGGGGGCCAGGGUGGCUAGAUGGUGGUUUGAACCCUAUAGGGUCAGGAAUACAUGUUUGUGUUCCUGACCCUAUAGUGCUCCUUUACAGCGAUUCUAUCACUAUAAGGGUUCUUUGCAUAAUUUGCAAAGAGCCCAGAUUGUGACUGCUACGAGUGCAUUCCAGUGGUUACUUCAACCUGUCCCUUGUGGGCGCCAUCAUUUUCUUCAGCGAGGUCCUCUUCAGCUCCUGCCUCUUCCUCUACCAGGAGCUGAUGUCAGUGCUGUACUGUUGUGUGCACAAGAGUACAACCGUGAUGUCUAUGGGGGAUCCCGCAGUAGAGAGAGAAAUGUUUUCCCUCAGACAAAAGUUAGUUCUGCCUUUUGACAAGCAUAGGAUAAAUACAUAAGACAAAGUAGUCCCUACUCUGUCUUAUGAUAUCUUUUGACUGGGUUAGAAUUUUGGGGAUAUUCCAACACAGUCUUUAUGAGCAUUUCAUAAAUAUUUUAUCUUCUUGAAAUGCUAUUUUUUUUUGAGUGGGUGUGUAUGACAGCCACUUGAAUAGAGAAAGCUUUAUUGAAGUGUUCUAAAAAAUGGUCUAAAAUGCUAUGGGGCAGUCACUAUGAAAACCACUGGAAACAGCAGGCGCAUUGCAUUGGUGAUUGCUUCCCUUUCACAUUUUGCACUUUUAGAAUAGGACACUAAUAAAUCUCUCCCAUUGUGUCAAAGAGUUUAUUGUGGGUGUACAGUCAAUGAAAGCUGAAAGUCAAUAUACCGAUGCACUACUAAACAUUCCCAGGCAUGUCUCAUUGUUUUCCUUGGGGAAUCACUGCACAUGCUCACAUGUGUUAUGUCAUAUGUACAGUGUAUUCUCUCUAGCAGUCAAUGGGGAACUAUUUUGACUGCCUUACGUAUUUUUAGCAGAACAUGUAUGCCCUUUCAAUUCAAUGGUUGCAUUCUACUAUCUGAAUAAUAUAUGGUCCUUUCUUGGGAAAGAAUUACAGGACUGUAGCAUGAUGUAGUUGAGGCAAGUAAAACAAUGGCAAGUUUAAUGAACAACUCCGAAUGAGUUCAUAGCAGCACUGCAACUUUUGAAUUUGCUACACUUUUUGCAAAGAACCCCCAGGUGACACGUCCAUUUGCACAGUCAUAAGUGGGUGCCGAAGGAGGAACAACUUUCUCUCUGGGUCACAGUCUUUAAGCUAUCAGGAUUAUUGCAUUAUUGUUAUUAAAAGGGUACAAUUUGACAAAAUAGAAAAAAUAAUUUCUGUGCACGUUUUAGGGAAUUUAAGGAAAUAAUCUCAACAUCGUUUCAAAAUUGUUACAAUUAUCACUCAACUUAACAGUGAGACUGCAGGAUCUUUCUUAUGUGAAUAUCCAUUAAAGCUAGUUUUUCCAUUAUACAAUAUGUAUAUAAUGCAAACCUGCUUCAUUGGGUUGGAGUUUAAGUAAAAUUAUACAGCAUUAUAUACAUUCUCUUAGAAGCAGCCUGCUGUGUACUUGCUCAUAUGGUAGACCAUCCUGUAACUCUAAAAGCUAUGACAUUGUUCUGGAGUUCUGGUUCUUUGUCUUUAGCUCUGAGGAGCUUAUUACUCUUGACCUUUGCAACAGUGUUUAUUUUAGAUGGAGCCUUGUCUCUACUUCCAAGCCUUUUAUUUACAUUAACACAAAUUAACCCUUUGUCUCUUGGAUACAUUCAGCAGACUUCCUUGUUCGUAAAAAAAUAUUUAAAAACAACCCUUUUGUUUUUAUUUCUUAAAUCAUAAUAUGACAGCAGAUUUUUUUUUCUUCCACUUCCCCAAGUAGUUUUUUUCUUCUCUGGCACAGAUUAUUGUGUUGUUUUGAUGACAUUGGGGUGGUAUGCCACAGUGUGAUAUCAGGAAUCUUCUAUUGAAAAUGUAAUCGGCACAGAGUAAUUUAUUCAUCAUGAUUCAAACAGCUACAGGGGCAAGCUGUGCGUGUUUACAGAUCUGCACACACUCUUGAACAAACAGAUAUUUUCCACAAUGUGCCAUGCCCAAACACUGUAUUUAAAGUGGCCCUUAGUCCACAAAACACACAGAUGACAGCUAUACAUACUUAAUAUAUGUUUUGUGCUAGAAAAAAAAAAUGUACCUGUUAAAAUUCUAACAUUAUCUAAAGAUCGGUACUGCCUGAUUGUAUGUGACCUCAUUCCAUUCAAAAAAAAUUUUUCAAGGAAGCUCAUAAAAACUUAUCAGGGCUGAAUUGGUUAAAUAAAGACUGCACACAGUUGCCUACGCUUUACUGACUACAGCACUGAAGUAUGCAAUAAGCGUUUCUGAUAAAAAUCAGCAAUGAGGUCACUGUAAAGCAAGCGGACGUGUACACACCAACACACCUCUCAUAUAGUGUAUUCAUCACACAUCUUUCUAUAAUAAGUAAGGAAAAUAUAAUAUCCAUCCUAUUGACAAGACAUACAUAUGGAAGGGAAAAAAAGUAUCAAAAUACUCCAAGUUUUGAAUUAUUAUUAAAAGAGAAUGGAAAGUUUAAUAAAGAAUUGAAAAACAACUAUCAUUUGUGUUAAAGGGAAUCCAUAGUGCCAGGAAAGCAAAGUCUUUUUCCUGGCACUAUAACUCCCUAUAGUGCCCCCCUCCCUCACGCUCCUUACCCCUCCUCUAGCGCUCGCAUUAGACUUCCCCCUAUAGGAAAGCAUUAUACAGUGCUUUCUUACGGGGUUUUGGGUGACGAUUGACGUCCCCAUGCAUAGCGUGUGGACGUCCAGCGCAUGUUAGGCGACUAAAAGUCGCCUAACAACCCGGAAGUCCCUCUAGUGGCUGUCUAGUAGACAGCCACUAGUUGUGGAGUUAACCCUCCAAGGCAAUUAUUGCGGUUUAUCAAAAACUGCAAUAAUUACCACUAGAGGGUUAAGGGACCUGGGACAGUGCACCCAGACCACUUCAAUAAGCUGAAGUGGUCUGGGUGCGUAUAGUGUCCCUUUAACUAUAUUUCAAUUUAUAAUGAAGAUUUACCAAAUUCCAUCAUUAUCCAUUUAAGUCCAGGGUCAGUUGGCAACACAUUGCAAAUGAGGAGAAAUAGUAACUUUUAGAGGUAAGAAUGAAAAUUGUGGUGCUCACUUUUUAAGCAGUUCCCUGGCACUUUUCUUGCUCCUAUUUAGUUCCCUAUUUGCAACAAAAUAUUUAUUUUUGCAUGCGUCUUCCAUUAUUUUAUUUCCUUUGCCAUUUUGGUUCACAAAGUCGUACAUUUUACUGUAUAAAAAGAGAUGUCUUUUCUUUUCUACAGAUUUUUCAACCACAGAAUGAUGGGUUUUCUGUAACAGCUAAACGGCUUUCAGGAUAUUAAUAAAGAUUAAAAGAUGCAAAUGUGUGUGUGUGUGUGUGUGUGUUUUUUUUUUUAUGUGAAUCAUUUGCUUUAUUUGUAUUUAUUAAUGAUAAUUAAUGUAAUUAAUGAUAAAAAAAAAUCAACAGAAAUGAAAAAGUAGUGGAAUUUUUGGUAUUAUAUUGGUGCAUCACAGAAAAAGCGGGGUGAAAAAACUAUGUAUAAAGGUGGGGUAAGCGUUUUAUACAUAAGAAAAUGGUGCAUGUACACAAAACUGAGGAAAUCGAAUGCAACCAUGUUUACACAUUUUUCAUCUCUCUCUUCUUCUCUCUAUGAUUUAUCUCUGGUGAAUACAUUUAAUUAUAUUUCUGAUGCACUACAUAUUUGUUAAAUAUAUGGGAUAAGUAAAUAUAAUCUUAAAAAUCCCAGGAAGUAACAAAUCCCAUUUAAACAUUUCCUCUAACAUUAUGCUUUCGAAAUACCUGACCUUUAGAUUUGCUCUUUGUAUUAUGUCAUUUAGAUUCCUCCAAAUUGCCACCUGUCUAACCGUAUCUCAUUUAUUCUAGUAUUCUGUUGGUCUUCCAAAUUUUAUGUGUGUGUAUGUAUAUUUACAGUGCUUUAUUUUGGGCAAUAAAGUGUCUCAUACUUUUAUAACAGGGAACAAAAUGGUGCUAUUACCCUCAUAAUUUUGUUAGUUAUACGAUAUGUAUGUUUGGAAUACCCAGUUUAAUUUUAAGAUGUGUCUGACCUCUGCAAUGUAUUCUAUAAAAUAAAUAUAAUAUAAAAAAAAAAUAUAUAUAUAUAUAUAUAUAUAUAUAUAUAUAUAUAUAUAUAUAUAUAUAUAUAUAUAUAUAUAUAUAUAUAUAUAUAUAUACUUAUAGAUUUAUUUUAGUUGCUUGUAGGCAAUUAGCAUUCACAAAAAUAAAAAAGUUUGAAUAGUGCUAUGAAAAGAGAAGAUAAGCAUUAGACUAAACGUGGCUCUGUCACCUUCUGGGGUUUUUACAUAUCUUCCAAUGGUGACAUUGCCACUGGGUGUGCCAUGGCGUGGGAGUUCAGCGAAGGAGAAAUUUGCUUACCUGAUGUUGUCACCCACAGGUGCUGCAAUUUUAUUUCUUUAGCUCCAGGUGCUUCAUCUGCUUAGUGCUCAUGUCAGUCCUGUACUCGCAUUCAUUUGUGGGAGUACAACACGGAUGUCUAUGGAGUGUCCCGUGGGAGCCCCCAUAGAUAUUUUCUCGUGAUGAGCAAGAUAAUGCAUUUUUCCUAAAGCUGUCAUUAGAGACAGCUGGGAAACUGACAGAACAUAGCUCCACCUUUUGUCAUGUGGAGGAAAAUAAAUAAAUAAAACAAGUAAUCCCUUUUUUGUAAUCCUUAUUAUAUCUUUUAACCUUGUUGGAUUUCCAUUAAAAUUCCAACACAGUCUUUAUGAGCAUUUCCUAAAGAUGUUAUCUUUAGGGUGGGAGGGUGGUGGUUGACAGAGCCGAUGUAACAGUGAGUGGGACAUGUUGGCAGUUUUUCAGCUAAAGUAGGGUUAGGGCAUCUAAACCAUUUUUGUUUAACACCAACACAUUUAGAUAUUUAACAAAAACUUAGGCAAGUUCAUUAACUAUAUAGCCUCCUCAUUGCUUAUACAAGGUUUUACUGUAGAUUCAGCCUGUUUCAGAUUUUCCAUGCUUUUGCAUUUAUUUAUAUUAGUUUUGUUUAAUAUAUCUCAUAACUGAUUUUUUUUUUUUUGUAGUGGGUGGCUGGUGCCAGGAGGCUUGCACGCAUUUUUCUUGCGAGAAAUUUAUGUUAAUGUUGUAUAUUAUAUGGGUUUUAGAGGCAUAUCAUUUUAAAAUGUGUUUGCAUGUAUAUGGUGUAUUUGAAACCUGCUUGCAUUUUAGUGCCUGGUUUCUGGGAAGCGCUUUGUAAGUCACAGACAUUCUUUUAAACUUUAUGCUUAGCACUCUUCUUUGCCUUAUGUGAUCUGUGUCUAUACAUACAGGUCAAAUCGUGACUGCCAGAUAGAUCAGCAUCAUCGCAACCAAUGUCAGUACUGCCGUCUGAAGAAGUGUUUCCGAGUGGGCAUGAGGAAAGAAGGUAACUACCCUAUACCUUGUAACAUAAUUCAUUACAUAUACCAUACUUCAAGGGAUUCUAUAGUGCCAGGAAAACAAAGCCAUUUUUCAGGCACUAUAGAAUGCAACAGUGCCCCCGUCCCGCAGCACUGAAGGGGUUAAACCCCCUUCAGUCACUUACCUAAAGCCAGCGCAGAUGUUCCACCAGAGGUGGAGUUAACCCUCAAGGGCAAUUAUUGCAGCUUCUCAGACACUGCAAUAAUUACCACUGCAGGGUUUAAGGGACAUGGGACAUUGCACCCAGACCUUUAAAUCCUCUCAUGGACAUCUCUUCUACCAGCUACCCUUUCCGCUCUUCUGUUAACACUUGGUUCUGUCCAUCUUUAGGCACCUCUAGCCAUAAUAUAUGUAUUUAUUCUCUAAAACAAGAGAUUUGGAGAACUGUCAAAGAAAUGACAAAUUUUGGGUCAGAAUAGUCAAAGUUGAAAAACUCCAAUUUUAGUAAUUUUCACAGCUCUGCUGUUUUGCCUUAAAAGAUCACGUUAAGCACAAUCACAAUAUUGUAUAAAUACAAAGGUGAUGGUGCAUAGAGAACCUUGCACCCACUCUCAGAGAGUGGCUUACAACUGCAGCAAUUUGUAAAAAUCACACAGCUAUAAGAGAAGCCUGUCAAACAUAUGUCAAUCAAAAAACUAGAAUUUUUAGUUCCAGCUGCCGUUUAUUAAUUUUGUACGUGUGUGUGUUUAAUGUGUGCAUACCUCAUGCUUCUUUCUCCCUGACAAAAUCUGAAUCAAAGACAGCUGCUCUGUCAAGAGGUGCAUGUAAAUCGUUUUACUAUACAGUGCACUGAGUUGUGGGUAAACUAUAUCAGAUUCAUACAUUUUCAAUACAUUAUCUGUCAUUUCCUGCCCAGUUUCCCUUUAUAUUUUUAAUGUCGCAUGUCAAUUCUUUGUAAUUCUAAGCUUAGUGAAUAAACGUAAUGCCCAUUGUACAGCGUGGUGGAAUUUGUUGGAAAUUUACAAUGCUGUAGUGUAUUAUUAUUAUUUAUAAUUUGGGCAGCACUGCAACGAGGGACCAUCUUCUUAUUCACUAAACAGCAAAUUAUAAUGAAUUGAAAACCAAAUAGCAAAAUUUAGGGGAACAUAUCUAAAGUUCAGAAAUUCUCCAACUUGGCUGUAGUCUCAGUUUGGCUUUAUUGACAUGCAGUUUUAUUCUAGUUCAUUAUAGUUUAAUAUUUAGAAACUCUAUGUAGGUUAUUGGUUCGCUGUCAACACCCCAGGAUCUGUGUUGCUUUAUGGGCAUUUGUGGCUAGCCCUGCCCAUUCUUUGACGUGAAAGGUUAAAUAAGAAGUGUUCGUGGUGUUUGCAGUUUGUAUCUGCGGUACUUCUCAAUGAAACUCAACAGCCGUUUGCUCCAUCCCUGGCAGUGUCAUUAGCCAGAGCAAAAGUUCCAAUUUAGGUUAUGUCAAUUUUGUUUAUAUUCCAUCCUCCCUGACAUCACUCCACUUCCAGCAAAGGGGAGUGACUUCACCGGAGGAAAUUUGGUCUUGGUGCUGGAGUGGAGGUGAGUUAAAGUUUUAUUUAUUUUUUUGUGUUGGGUGGUCAGUAAAGGUUGCUCCUGAUAAAAUAGUAUUUCUUAAAGCACUGUUUUUGAGGUUUGAGUAACCCUUUAAACAUCAUUAAAUCUUACCAGCAUUGCGAUAUCCCUUAGUGUGUUUGUUUACUAAAGAGAGAAUGCAAAGUUAUUUUCAAAUUAAAGGUCAAAAUAACCAAAUUGGAAACGUCACUUCAGCUACUUUGGCUUUAAGUUUUGAAAUUCACUUUGAAUUCUUACUUUAGUAAAUAACCUGUUAUUUUUUCACUUCUCCUCAAACCUCUCAUUUGGGAGGCUAGAAAUACAAGGGAUAAAGUACUAGGUAUAUGAUAAAUCACUACGGAUACUUUAGUACAUACUUGUAGGAUGAAGCCAAUUUAAGACAGCCUGCAAAAUACACAUUUCUUAUUUGCUAAAUUCCCUAGUUCACAUUUUUGGAGGAUUUGGAGCAGACAAAGUCCUUACAUUUUCCUUGUGAGAAAUGCUCCCAUGGCUAGUUAAAUCUCAAUAUUUCACAUGCUAUUUAGUGAAGGAUUAAGGAUGAGAAAUGACAGCUUCUCAAAUUUCUCACAAAGAAAAUGACAAUAUCAAAUUUCAGUUCCUCUUCAUUUGCUUUGGCUACCAUCUUUGAUCUUAUAGUGACUAAUUUCCCCACCCACAGGUUUCACCCUUUCCACAGUCAAGACUGCAAAACAUGGCCCUGUUUUCUGCAUUGUGUGAAUGAGUUUGUGUCAGCAAGUCUUUGGCGUAUAGUUACUGAGAGGAGAAAAUGCCAAAGUUUUCAAUUUGUUGAAAGGAUUCCAUAGAUAAAAGAACACUAUAAUGUUAGAAACACAAAUCUGUAUUUUCCCAACACUAUAGUGUCCUAGUGCCAGAUUAGUUUUAGGACACUCGCCCCACCUGCACUCCACUUGCAGAAAAAAAGCUAAGACAAGUUCUGCAGUCUGCACUUCCUCCUGUGGCGUCAUCUAGCUGUCUCACAGAUGAUCCAAUCCAAUGCUUCUCUUGUAGUAAAGCAUUGAAUUCUAUGCGUUCCUAUGAGCUUCAUUGGUCAUGUGGCCAAGCUUUACUUGGUUGUUGCAGAAGACAGCCACUUGAGGUGUGUUUAACUCUGCACUGUAAACACAUUGUGUUAAUGAAAUUACCUGCAAUAGUGUAGAUUAAAGCAUGCGCUUCCUUGAAGUCUGCAUUAGGGUGGUAUCCUGUGUUCUCAUAUGCUUGCAAUUAAUAAAUGUCAAGCACAGUACCACUCUUUAGGCAUUGUGGGUGCUGCACUUAAUUUGCAGUGUGCACAUAUUUGUGUGUACCACAGUAUCUUUGCCAUAGUCGUAAUUUAUGCUGAUGGCAUAACAUUUUAGCUCUAGAUUUGCUAGUAGUCUGGUUUUCACAAGCUACAGUGAAACGAUCUGCUUCAUACAACACAUAUUCACAUAUAGGAGUCAUAUAUUGCACAAUAAGCACACUUAAAGGGACACUACAGACUACUUGAUCUCUUGGAAGUGGUCUGGGUACAGUAUUCCUGUUCUCUUAACCCUACCAUGUAAAUAAACAUUGCAGUGCUAAGACUACCUCUUCUUACGGAUUUUGACUUUGUUAAACAACACUGGACGUCCUCACGCUGUGCAUGAGGGUGUCUUCAAAUCCCCCCAUAAGAAAGCAUUGAUUCACUGCUUCCUAUGGGAAGGCUAUGCGGUGCUUGCCUCAUUAGGUUGCCCCUUAGCUCUGACAUUGGAGGAGACGGAGUGAGCGCUGAGCAACCUUGGCACUGAAAAGAGAUGAGUGAAAAAAAGGCCUUGUAACCGUUUAACUGGCACAGGGUGUGCAGGAAAUGGGGCUAGGGGGCAGAGCUUUGUAUUCCAAACACUAUAGUGUUCCUUUAAGAGUUUUAGCUGAUAUGAUGUAUAAAGAAAAAGUUGCAGUACUAGAAAACAUUUUAGAUGGCUGUGCAGCAGCUUUGCCAUAGUGUCAUGUUACUGUAACGUGUACAAAAGAGGUCACAGUUUGAGAACUGAAAGGAUCAAUUGUGCGUUUCUUUUGUUUACAUUCCCAUUCAAAUAUCUCUAUGCAUACUGUCAAGAGCACGACCUGUUUCACUAAAGUGUGAAUAAGCUUUAAAGGGCAGUUUGUGAAUUGUGUGACAGCAUUUUAAGUAGUUUUUCACUCUUUUAGGCUUUAUUAAUAAGAGUAACAGAUAAGAAACAGUUUGCCGGGUGGAACAUACCAAAAUUUCCUUGCAUGAUACAAUGCAAAUAAUUUUUAAUAACAUUUAAAUUAGUUUUAACUAGCAUUUUAUUUAAAUUAUAUAUAUUUUAAAUAUUAUGGAAAAUAUAGUUUAACUUUGUAGAAACAUUUGUGGUGUUUUUUUCAAAAAAAAAAUUGUAGUGCGCCAAAAAAUUUAAAUUGCCAAAUUAAAAAGAAAUAACUGCUUAUUUGCAAAUCUUCUCAUUAAGCUAGCCACGACAACUAUUUUAGACAAAGUCGCAAGGCAGCACAUGUAAAAGUAAAAGGCCACAGUGCUUCCAGCCCAGAACAACCUAAGCUCAUGUAAUGAAAGAGAAAAGGUAGGUCUGGCCACAUAAGGAUGAUUCUGGCAGACUUAUUGAGCAGUGACAUGGCAACUCAAAUAAUAACUUCUCAAGCGUGAAAAUUGCUUUUUUUUUUCUUUUUUAAAGCUUUUUUUAAAACUUAAACAUUGCAUGUCACUGCUCACCUAAAGUGCCUAAACUAUGCUUAUGUCCCCAAUAUUUUGUUGAUUGCGAGAGCUAUGUUAGGCUGGAUUUUGAAUAUCUGUUUUUAAUUUACAAUCUUUCUGUUACGAUUUAGCAUUUUGUGAAUAAUACCGAAAUGAGUUAGCUUAAAUCUGUAGAAACCCAACAGUUAUCAUGCAUACUCCCCAACAUUGGUGUCCCGAGAAGUAUUGCACACAUACCAUCUGAGUUCUCACUAUGCACAGUUCAAGCCAAGGCCACGGAGUUUGCAUGCAGGCAUUUCCAUCUGUUACAUUAGCGGUUGAUAGGGUUAAUCUAUGUAUAUUGUAAGUUCCACUGCCAGGGGCAGGGUGUGUGAGGAAAGGACAGGUGAUAAGUAGGAACACCUUGUCAUGUGACCACAUGACCUCCCAGCAGAUAAAGGUCAUAUCAAUAAAUCACUUGCAGAAUGCUAUGCAUGUGACCAUAAUUUCACAGAGGGUGGGGCUGGUUAAGGUAUAAUGAGAAAUGCAGAUGUUAAAGUUAACCUUAUUAGGUCAGUGUGUAUAGCAGAAUGGUGGUUAGUCAAUUUAUAUAAAUAAUGCUUCAGCUUUUUGUUUGGUUUUUUUUCCGCAUAUUUAAGCAAUUGAAAAAGUGUCUGUAGUUUUUUGGGUUUUUUUGGACUCAUCAUUUAUGUUUGUCUCUUACACGUCUGUGACUUUCUUUUUGAUUUAGUCUUUUUUUUUCUUUUCAUCUGGCCUCUUUCUCUCUCCAUGAUUAUUUCUCCCCCUCCUUCUUUUUCUCUCACCCAUUCUCCUUUGCCCUCCUUUUGAUGUGUUUUAAGCUCUGUGCCCUCUCCUUGCUUGAGUGAACCCUAAGCGUCCAUUCAGGCAUUAGAAAGUAAAUAAAAGCUCUGUCUUUCCCCCUCUCUCCCCCCCUCUUGCUGCUGCCACUUCCUCAGUUCAGCACAUUCCAGCCAGGGCUCAGCAAACAUGGAGUGAACCAAGUGUAGAGAAAAGGGGGGAGGAGGAGACACCAAUGACCUGCAUGUACUGAGGAAAGGAGGAGGGGGGUGGGGGAGAGGCCACUGCAAUGGUACUAAGAAGGGGGAGGGAGAGCAGAUCAUAGUGCAAAUGUAGGAGGAGGACAGGCAAGAACAAACAUAGGCCCAGAAGCACAGAAGUCAUAUACAAGCACUGCUUGUGCACAGUAAAAUAAAUGGGUGCACAUAGCCUAAGAAUACAGUGGCAGCAGGCUGAUAAUGGUAUAGAUUAAAACCAAAAUAAUGGAUUAACGAAGAGCGAUAAACCAUUAUUCUGAUAGAUGAGUUGAAGACGAGGAUCAUAGCGGAGAUUAUCAUUUUCAUUUCUGCAAUAUUGAGCAGUGGGCUUUGUAUUCAGAAUGUUAAACCCAUUUAGAGAGUGAAGGCAAUUACUUUGACCUACCUGGGUGCUGAUAGAGCAUAGUGGGGGUUGGGGAAAUAAACAAGCUAGUGUGUAUAGAGAAAACAUACCGAGUAAAGUCUAAAAGACUGUAACUUGCUGUACUCGGGGAACCGUGUAUGAUCGCCCAUACAAAGUUGAAUUGUAUAGAUCAGUGGUUCUUACCCUUUUUUUGGGGGGGGGGUGGCCGAGGGGCAGCUACCAAAAUGAUGUACGUCAUUAACCAGUUUUUCAGUUAGAAAAUGAGCUCAAUGACGUAUUGUCCAAAUGUAAUAUAAAUUAUUUUAAAGUAACUUUAGCAAACUACCUUAAUUGCACACCCGCUCCCUAUUAAAGUAGUCUUUACAGUAGCUACAGUAAACUCUUUUAUUGUGUUUACUCCAAGCAGCAUAACCACUGCAGCCUAUGUAAUGGUUAUGGUGCCUGGAGUGUCCUGGCUCUUUCCCAGAGUAACUUGUCAAAACAUUUUAGAACAUUUUGGCUUGUAGGAUCUAUGUAAAGCUUUGAUUUCCACCCUGUGAAUCAGAGACUACCACUACUUCUUUAAGAAUAGGGGUAGCGCUAUUGCAUUUUUGGCUAUAGCAAAUGGUAAGGAGAACACUUACUCUUACUUAAAAUAGCAUUGCUUUCUAUAAAAACCUUUUGGCCUCUAUUACUCAUUCUACUACUCACAGUAUAACCUGUUUUAAGUGAUAUCACCUAUUUAAACUUAAAAGAAUAUAUUUUUUUCCCUUUAAAGCUGUACAACGAGGUCGGAUACCACCUGCUCAUUCCAGCGCCAGUCCCACCGGCGUGCCAGGAGGAGGAGAAUAUUUUAAUGGGCAACCAGUUUCUGAACUAAUUUCCCAGCUUCUGCGUGCAGAACCAUACCCAGCCUCUCGUUAUGGGUCCCAGUAUGCUCAACAGGGAAGUGUAAUGGGCAUUGAUAAUAUCUGUGAGCUUGCUGCCCGGCUUCUUUUUAGCACUGUGGAAUGGUCCCGGAACAUCCCCUACUUUCCAGAGCUUGCUAUGGCAGACCAGGUUUCUUUGCUUCGAUUGAGCUGGAGUGAACUGUUUGUGCUGAAUGCAGCACAGUCCGCCUUACCUCUACAUAUGGCACCCUUAUUGGCAGCUGCAGGUUUCCAUGCUUCACCCAUGUCUGCUGACAGGGUGGUGUCCUUCAUGGACCAGAUACGGGUAUUCCAAGAUCAGGUGGAGAAGCUUAACAGACUUCAGGUGGACUCCGCUGAAUAUGCCUGUUUGAAAGCCAUUGCACUCUUCACAUCAGGUAAAUGCAUCUGUAGUUUUAAAAUAUAUAUAUAUUUGUUCAAUCAGUAUUGUUACAUGUUUUGUGGUCAAUCAUUAUUCUAAAUUUAUUUGUGUUUAGUUUUUUUGCCAUCAGGUAGGCUAUGUGGCCUUCAACUAAUUUCCUUCUUCUCUGUAUUUAGAUGCCUGUGGCCUCACUGACCCAGCCCACGUGGAGAGUUUACAGGAAAAAGCCCAGGUGGCUCUUACAGAGUAUGUCCGAGCCCAGUAUCCUUCACAGCCUCAGAGAUUUGGACGUCUUUUGCUGCGCUUACCUGCCCUCCGAGCUGUGCCUGCAUCCCUCAUCUCCCAACUGUUUUUCAUGAGGCUUGUUGGAAAAACUCCUAUAGAGACUCUCAUCAGGGACAUGCUUCUGUCUGGCAGCAGCUUCAAUUGGCCAUACUCAUCUGGUCAGUAGCACCAUCUGGUGUUUCAGCGUGAUGGUUUUUUUUUCUCUGUGGCCACAUAAUACAGUGUCUUGGGGCAGCCUUCUGCUCCUCUUCAUUGGACAUGGGGUGUGACUACCUAUACUGGAUUUAUGAAGGCACUUCCAAGAUGUAUAGGGUAAAGUUAAACCACUUCUCCUGACUUUUUCUCUCAGGCAGUAAUCCACAUGGUACCAUGUUUCAUGGUUACAAAUAAUGCCUGAGAAUAACAUUUGUAAGACAGCGCCUACAUAGGUCAUUGCCUAGAUGCAUGAUUACUCACUUAUACCAUAAGCACUAAAAGAGGUUAAAGCUGUUCCAUGUGACAUUGUACAGAGCAACCUCAUCACUAACAGUUUCUGUUCAGCUAGCAUCUGUGUUAAAGCAAAUUGUAAAUCCACCAAAUUAAUACACUAUUAUGACUAUAUCCUCAAGCUACACCCACUCUACCUCCUAAAUAUCUGUUUUUGUGUGUCCAUAAGUGAUAUGAACAUUGCAAAUGACUCUUUAGCAGUUCUACUGUUUUUGUAUUCGUUGUAAGGAGCUCACUGCAUUUGGUCCCAUCAGAGAGAGAGACUUUCUGACCUAAUGUAGCAUUGGAUUUCAUAAUACAACAAAAAGUUAAUUGGGUUGGAAUCCACUUUUAGUGCAUGAAAAUGUCCUUAUUUUCAAUGAAACGGAUGAGAUAUGUUAAUUGGGACCAGGGCUCCUCUUAGCUUUAAAAUCCAAUCCUUCAAAAAUAUUUAAUUUAGAAAUCAAUCGGUAAUAUUAUUUUGUAGAUUAUCAAUGUUCUUUAUUUGCAUAUCUAAUACUUAACUUUUGGAUAUAAAUAACUGACAGCCAUACUGAUCUUUGCUCAGAACAGAGUUCGGGAAACUUUGGGAUGUUUAAGCAAACUUUAUAAAUUCUACUUUAAAUCUAUUCUAAAUAUAUUGUUACACCUAAAGAACUUAAUAUGUUGUCUUGGUAAAGGAUAUUCCUCUUAAUCCCUUGGUGAUUUUGUCCAUCCUCGCGUUCUUCAACCAUGUAUUGCAACAAACAAAGUGCUCCUAACAAGUUACUGUUGAAAAGAAAACAUCUAACGCCAUAUGCCUUCAAUAUUAUGUUAUUAUUUAAAACCAUGUAUAAUCCACUUGUAACUCCCAACACUUUGUUGAACUACAAAUCAUGAGCUUAACAAACGUCAUAGGAUCUGUGGUGGUACAAGAGCAGGAGCGCUACCAAGUGUCUACUCCAUACUAUUAUUUUAAAAAACGAAAGCUGGCUAAAGAACAGUUGUCCUAAAGCAGGCAUGACAAACAUAAUAAACAGUGAUUCAGCCCAGUCAUUCAACUAACAAGUCUGUAGAGUUUGCACUUUCUGGGUGAGGGUCACAUUACCACUAUCUUUUAGUACCUUUAAAACUGUACUUAGAGUACCUUGAUGAUUGGAUGAUUCCGAGACACCUCCAAUUUUCAGGUCCAAAAGUUACUCAGUAUGACAAAGUUAGUCUUUUUUUGUGUUUUAGACUUAAAUGGACACUGUAGUCACUAUAACCACUUUGUCUCUUUGAAUUGGUUAUAGUGCCUGGAGUGCCCUGGCACUGUCCCUCCAUUCAGUGUUGCACCAUGUUUGUGCAGUAUGCCACAAAAUAAGAGUCCCUGGCCACCCACAGUCCGGCCCCUUCUGUAUGUGUAGCUAAGGCAGAGUUUACACACUUCCUUGUUGUCAUACCCAUUCAUACUGUCAGUUGGACCUCUGACAGGUUAAAAGCAGUCAGCUGACACUCUCAGCCAAUCACAACUGCACAUUGCUGCUCAGGCUAAUACUUCUUUAUUAGCCAAAGCAGCUCAGAGGGGAUGGACUGCCAUGGUCUCUUGUUUAGCAUUAAAACAUUAAAACUUUAAAAACUGUUUAAUGCUGAAAGAAAUGAUGGUACCAGGGGACUCCAGACACUAUAACCAGUUUAAUGAGAUGAAGCAGAUACAGUGCCUACGGUGUCCCUUUAAGGUGUGUUCACAUCAAGUGGGCUUUCAAUUACUUUCUCCAUCCCAACACCAAUAUCCUUCACGCACAUGACUAGCCACAUACAUUACCACACCCACAUAUAAUUAGCCACGCACACAUGUUUACUAAUUUUUGACACCUGCUAUCCUCUCCGAUUUCUUACUAUUCCAGUGUUAAGGACGUGAGGGGGGGGGGAUGUGAGCAUUCAAGGUGUGCAUUUCCCCCUACAUGCACCUUACUGUUUCCUUGGAGCUCAGUGCAAAUGGUAUAAUACUAACUGCUGUGUUCUGUCACUUAACUGUUUACAAUACCACUCUUUCUGAGCCAUCAACAAGCAGGGAGAGAUGAAAACAUUGUUUCAUUGCACAAAUUAAUUGCCCCUGAUUGGGGCUACAGUGUCUGGAAAAACAAUAUGUUGCAGAUUUCACUUGUAAUGGCCACAGUAGGAUAAUAGUGUGUGCAUGCAAACAGCCAUUAAACUUACCUUACAAAAGAAAGUGUAAACAUAUAUAAAAAUAAAGUAUGUUUAUGCAAAAAAUGUAGAUGGGAUGUACUUUAUGUAAAGUGAGAACAAAACCAAUCACUUUUUAGGUUUGACAUACCUGUUUUAAAGAAACUGUUUUAAAGAAGAAAAUCAAGGCACUAUUGUUAUGGAUUUUGUAUUUCGUUUAAUAGCCAUCAAGGGUUGUUUAUCAGUUUUCACUUAUCUGUCUAAUGAAAUUUGUAUCUGAUGGAUUAUCUCUCUGCAGUUUUAAUUACCCUAUUUCUAUUGAUUGAAGAGCUUCUAAUCGCAAAGUCGGAAUUUGCAGGUCCUAUAACUUAUUUUAAUGUGUUAUUUGUUUUUAAUGAAAGCCAUUUAUAUUUCACCAUUACUGACCCUUACAGUCAACCUGUCAUCCACUGAUUUACUGUGUGGCUGACAAAAUCAGCUUCAGGUAGGUAUACAUCCAAUCUAUUUAUUUUGCUGACAAAUUCGACAGCAAAUGUAUAGAUAAAAAUAUACUCACCUGAAGUAUGCUCCCUCCUAGCAUGGCUUCCUGUGAAGUAAUAUCAAAUCAUGUCAGGUAAACUUUGUAUUGUCCACUUCCUUACAAUUUGCAUAAUGAUUCUAGGUAACUGAUCCAUUGCGGUUUUAAAACUUUUUUCUUUUAGUGCUGGCCAACCAGUGAUUUUUAACCUUUUUGUCAAAUACCCAAAAUAUGCUCAAGCAAUUAGCUUUGGGGGCCCGUUAUUUACGUGCAAAAUGUGUGAAAAAUGGUAGACUAUAGGUUAUUAAUGCUUCACACUUUAUGCAUAUAAAUCUUUUAGGCUACACUCAUGAGUCCUGUUAGUCAACGUCUGUAGAUGAGUUAGCCCUUGUUUUCGUUUAGAAUAGAAAAUUCAUUAUGCCAAUUCUUUGCAUAUGUAUUUCUAAAUUGAAAUGUCAGUACCAAAAAGUACAUGUGAUUCAGUUCAGGAUCUUCUUGAACGUAAUAUUAUUUUUACCCACAAUAUUUUUGGGUUUGAUGCAGUAACAAUGAUGAUUGUUGGGAUAUGCCAUUGUUCAGGUGCAGCAAAUAGGUUACUGUGUUUAAAACAGCUAACAUUUUCUGUCUCCUUUUUAUAAAUGUGUAAACAUUCUGCUAAUGCCAAAAACUGUGUGGAAGGAAAUAUUGCCAAAGCCAGAAUGUAGAAAUAAAAUAUUUUACACUCAUAUGUGAAGUUGGCUGUUGUAUUAUCAAAGAG